AUGGAUCCAUCACCAUCACAUUCUCUCCGGUCACUGACUGGUAAUUCUAGUACUGGCGGGAUACGUAACCCGAGAGUUCGAGACGCCUCUAGUCUGGUCAAUCUGGACUUUGACGCCCGAGUCCCCAUCCCCGUCAGUGUCUUCCCGUCUACGUACAGGAGUGACGCCCAAAAUUCCACAGAGGAGACGUCUGCCACCUUUACAAAGGUAGAAGCGGACACCCGACAACAACCCUCGCGCGUCGGACGGGAAGAUACUCGAUUCUCCAGGGAAGAGCUCGACAUCACCACCAGGGAAUCCAACCGUCCACGCCGCGAGCAACAGGGAACCCGACGGGAAGAAGACGUCCGUAUCUACGAGGAACGUGAUCGAAGAUACCCAGAAGUUGAACUCCGUCGAGAAAAGUAUCGAGGACCCGCUGAGUUCACCCGCAACGUCGACGUUGACAUAGACAUCGACCGCCGCGAAACCAGAGACCACGUCGACGUCGGAAGGCAACAACAACAAGCCUACGACACCCGCGCCUACGAGACCCAACUCGACAUCACCGAGCGAGACUAUCGCCGCCGCCUCGACCCCACGUACGACGUCGAAUACGAGCGCCGUCGACCCGUGCAGGCAGACGUCACCGUCCAGAAGGAACAAAUCACCACCGAAGAAACACCCGGCAAGAUGGGCUACUACGACGACGAAGGUCAGUACCACAGCUUCCGCCGCGGCGUGGAGCGCGCGGCCGACCGGAUCAUGCACCCCUUCUCGGGCGGCGGCCACCACCACCACCGCCACCACGACGAACGCGACGAGGUGGUCAUCGGCGAGCGCGACGGCGGCCCCGCCGGCGGCUCCUCGUCGGGGCCGUCGCGCGAGCAGGUCCGGUACGUCGAGCCCCGGUUCGGCGGCAAGGGCGUGCCCAUCCAGUGCCACUUCAUCCGCAUCGGCGACAUCCUGCUGCUGCAGGGCCGGCCGUCGCAGGUCAUCCGCAUCAGCAUGAGCAGCCAGACGGGCCAGUACCGCUACCUCGGCGUCGACCUCUUCACCCGCCAGCUGCACGAGGAGAGUUCGUUCAUCAGCAACCCGGCCCCCAGCGUCGUCGUCCAGACCAUGCUCGGCCCCGUCUUCAAGCAGUACCGCGUCCUGGACAUCAGGCAGGACGGCCUGGUCGUCGCCAUGACCGAGACCGGUGACGUCAAGCAGGGCCUGCCGGUCGUCGACCAGGGCGGCCUGUCCGCCAGGAUCGAGCGCGCGUUCGGCGAGGGUUGCGGGAGCGUCAGGGUGCUCGUGAUCAACGACGGCGGUCGGGAACUCGUGGUCGACAUGAAGAUCAUUCACGGAAGCAGAUUGUAGUCUACGCGGCAAGAGUAGUGUACGGAAGAAGCAGAAGAGGGGAAAGGGGGGUGUGUGAAUGUAGUAGGAGUGGAAGAGAUGUACGGGAUAUACACGUCGCGUAUACUUGGGCAGUUGGAUGGUUGUAGUUUGUCAGCAGGUGACGUGGUAUUCUUACAGUGCCGGGGUGUUGCCCUGGCUUGAUAUUUGAUCUAGGUAAAAAAGGGUGUUGGGAGGGGGGCAAGGGAGAUAUCAUACUCUAUACUCCGUACUCUCCACGCACAUGUGUAGGCAAUGUCUUUUAAUCUUGACACUUGACUUGGGCAGUG